ACCAGGAGAAAAAGAAGAAGACCGAUUCCUGUUUUGGUCCAUGCAGGCAGGCCAAUGCGAGAAGGAAAUGUCAAGUUUACACUAAACGCUGACGUUCGCUAUGAAUAAUUGUUAAAUAUAUUAUUUAAUGUUCUUUCUGUGCGUUGGUACUCUGCUGCGGAGAAAUCCCAGCGGGGCGAAAUGAAGCUGAAGGAGCUGGAAAGCUGCCUGCAGCAGGUGGACACGUUCGAGGAGCCGAAGAUCCUCCUGGAGCAGUAUCCGACCAGCCCUCACAUCGCAGCAUGCAUGCUUUACACCAUCCACAACACGUUUGACGACAUCGAGGGCAAACUGGUGGCAGACCUGGGCUGCGGCUGCGGGGUCCUCAGCAUCGGGGCUUCCAUGCUGGACGCAGGUCUGUGCGUCGGCUUCGACGUCGACGAGGACGCGCUGGAGAUAUUCAGGAGGAACGCUGAGGAGUUUGAGCUCUCCAACGUGGACCUGCUCCAGUGUGAUUUGUGCCACCUGGAAGCUGAGGCUUAUGCCCAAAAGUUUGACACCGUCAUAAUGAAUCCACCGUUUGGUACAAAACACAACCAAGGAAUGGACAUGAAGUUCCUCCGCGCCGCUUUAACCAUGGCGAAUACAGCGGUCUACUCGCUUCAUAAAACAUCAACACGAGAGCACAUACAAAAGAAGGCUACUGACUGGGGAGUGAAGAUGGAAGUCAUUGCAGAACUGAGAUACGAUUUGCCGGCUUCCUACAGGUUUCACAAGAAGAAGUCGGUUGACAUCCAGGUGGACUUCCUCCGGUUCUCCAAAGCCUGAUCUUUGCCUUUUUUUUUUUUUAACUGGAAUGGGAUUUAAGUUGCCUCUGCAUUUUUCACCGUUUGUAAUAAAUGUUUUCGCUAAAGAAAAAAAAUCUGGACUCCGUCUCCUCAUUAAGAUCCGUUUUCAGUUUUGGCAACUUUUGCUGGAGGACUGUCGGCGUCUUCAAGCUCUCUCUUUGGGGCUGCAGGCGCUGCAAGGAAAGCAGGAAACGGAUGAUCAUCAGAACCAAGAAGCUGCUGCUCAGAAUAUGGAGUACCAUGCACAACAUUCGUAUCUAUGACUUUUACACUUUGUGUGUAUUUCACUUGGAUUUUAUGUGACAGACCAACACAAUGGAGCACAACCGUUGUAUGUGGUGUUUGUAUUCAGUCCCUUUUAAUGGCUCCAAA